AUGUCUGGACACGUCUCGGGUGUUCCCCUGACGGCAAACCUCAUGCCAUCCACAGUGGUCCCCCUCCAACGCUUACAGAAUGGACAAAUAAAAAUAAAUAAACCUCUCGACAGAGAAAAGCGAAGCACCUAUUUUCUCACAGUAGUAGCUGAAGAUGGCGGUGGGCAUAAAAACAGAACUCAGUUGUCAAUAACUGUUACAGAUGUCAAUGACAACUCACCCGAAUUCCUUCAGCCGGGUUAUGCAGCCAAUAUUGCUGAGGAUUCCACAGUGUUUGUGCCACCAUUGACAGUGACGGCCAAUGAUGCUGAUUUAGGGGAAAACGGCAGAGUGACGUAUUCAAUAAAGUCAACUGUCCCAAAUGUGACAAACAUGUUCUCCGUAGAUCAACAUGAUGGGAAAAUUACCGCAAACAACUCUCUAGACUAUGAGGCACUAAUUAGCACACAAGGUGCAAUCAACUUAACUAUCAUAGCAACAGACCAGGGAAGGCCACCUCGAUCAUCAUCUGUAAUCGUCAAUAUCAGAGUUCUGGAUAGAAAUGACAAGUCACCUGUAUUCAGCCAUUCCUUCACGGCUACAGUUGCAGAAAAUGCUCGACCAGGUGAUCUAUUAAAAGAGGUAACAGCUACAGAUGCUGAUGGCAGUGCCCCGAACAAUGCAGUAUUCUACAGUAUUCUCGGUGGAGAUUUUGGCAAAUUUCGAAUAAACAGCAAUACUGGUGCUAUUACCUGUUCUGGCAAACUUGAUGCCGAGGAAAGGUCUAUGUACAAUAUAACUGUUAAUGCCCAGGACCGCGGUAAUCCACCACUGUCAACAAGCACAACCGUCAGAAUCAGCGUCUCCAAUAUUAAUGACGAAAAACCGACUUUUGACAGCGAGAGCUAUACGACAAAUGUCACUGAAAAUGUGGACAACACCAUUUUUUACAACUGUGCUGCACACGACACUGAUGCUGAUUCAGAGUUGCGGUAUACUAUUUUGUGGGCACGAAGUACAGCUUCUGAUGAAAAUCGACAAACAGUCAGUCAAAAUGUUUUUAAGAACUGGUUUGAAAUCGCCCCUCGCACUGGAAGCAUCAAGACAAAGCAAGGGGUUGACAGAGAAAAGGUGGAGAGGUGUAAUCUGGUUAUAACAGUGAAUGAUACACACGGAGAAACUAAUUUACCCCAGACUACAUCGUAUACAUUAGAAAUAACGAUUAAAGACAGGAACGAUAAUCCACCAGUUUUUAUGAAUGACGGCCACUAUACUGCUCAAAUCAGGGAAAAUACGGAAGCUGGAAUACCGCUGUCAUUACUAUUGCCACCUACGAUGAGAGUACUUGACAAAGACAAGGGAAACAACUCGGUAUUUAAUUUGGAAAUAAGAAAACUUAGUCAAUAUUUUGAACCUGAUCCCCGUGAAAUUCAUUCAAGUGGUUCUGUUGUCCUGAAGGUCAAAACUAAAACGAUACUUGACUAUGAGCAACAGCAUCAGCUCAUUUUCGAAGUUGUUGCCAGAGAAACUCGUACUGCUGAACGUCACAGCAGCACUGCAACUGUUACACUUAACAUCCUUGAUGAAAAUGAUAACGACCCUGUGUUCACGUCAUCAUAUUAUACUGCGUCUAUAAAUGAGACAGAUGUGACAACGCCAGAAAACGUCAUAACGAUUAAUGCAACAGAUGCUGACAGCACUCGAUUUGGAAAUAUUGUAUAUUCUCUUCAAGGAGGACAGGGAUUGUUCAGGAUACACAAUAUAACAGGUGAAGUGGAGAUAACUGGCUCUGUCGAUUAUGAAACCAAGCAGUCGUAUUACCUGACGAUCGUUGCCACUGAUGGUGGUGGUAGACGGCAGACGGCACCGUUGACUAUUUACAUCAUGGAUGUGAAUGAUAAUGCUCCAAAAUUUCUGAGGACAGAUUAUCAAGGUCAUGCGAUUGACAGGGACAAAGAAAAUACUCCAAACAGCAAGGUGACUUACAGUGUUGUUAGCACUAGUCCAUCUAACCUGAAACAUUCCUUCACUGUGGAUUCAUCCAGUGGAUUGGUGUCAUUGACUCAAGCUAUAGAUUACGAGGCUUUAAUGAUAUCACUGCAAGGAAUAAUACACCUUACCCUGCAAGCUUGUGAUAAUGGGGCUCCAGUUCGUUGUUCUAACGUGACUGCAUCCAUUACUAUCCAGGAUAUAAACGACUUUACACCAACUUUUAAAAACACGAAAUAUAAUACAUCUGUACCAGAAAAUAUUAAACAAGAUGGAAGCGUGAUCACUGUGACAGCCACAGAUGGCGAUGGAAGUGCUCCAAACAAUCAAAUCGUUUACAUCAUAAAACGUGGAGGUGCUGACAAAUUCAAAAUUAACAGUGCCACUGGACUUAUCACGCGUGCUGGCGAGCUGGAUCGUGAAUCUGUGGAUCAUUACUCUUUGACUGUCGAAGUUAUGGAUUUGGGAACUCCAUCCAGGACGGGGUCUGUGACGAUCAGCAUAGAUGUAACAAAUGUGAAUGAUGAACCUCCAAGGUUUUCAAGUCAAAAUGUUCAGAAAAUAUUUUGGAUUGACAGUAGUACUGGCAAUAUAAAAGUCAUUGGAAUUGUUGACAGAGAACAGCUGGAACAGGUCGUAUUGCCUGUACAUGUUGUCGAUAUGAAUGCACCAAAUGGAACAAUUCAGACAGCAACAGGAACUCUUACAAUUAACAUACAAGAUGUCAAUGACAAUCCACCAACAUUCUCAAGCACAAAGAUUGAGGCUACAAUCACCGAAAACAGCCAACCUGGUAUUCCUAUCAGCUUCAAGAAUGGGGCACUUACAGUUUCUGAUAAGGAUAAGGGUAUCAACAACGUAUUCAGACUUACGCUCUUGGAUCACAACACAACAUUUGAACCUGUUCCUGAAAACGUUACAUCUACUGCCUCAGUUCUUCUCAGAGUUAAACACCAGAAAGAGCUGGAUUAUGAAACUGUUCACAACAUGACAAUACAUACAUCCCACCGACGCUGUCACGUGUGUCGUCACCAUAUCUGUCCUGGAAACUGUCCUGGUGUUGGCAUCUCCCACGUGAACGACGUGAUCUCCCACGUGGACGACGACAGACGGAUUCUGGCGUUGUUGAACUGUAUGGCAAACCUAGACACGUCUGUGAACAGUACCCUCAGCAUCAGCCUCAGCCUCAGUCUCAGCGUUGUUGCCAGGGAGACCAGAACAAGAGAGUCACGUAGCACUACAUGUACCAUUUCACUCAUGAUAAUAGAUGCAAAUGACAACUCUCCAACAUUCAAUAAGACACACUAUGCAGCCAACAUCACCGAGAACAACAGGCCAAAUGUUUCAGUGAUUCAAGUCACGGCAACUGAUAGAGACUCAGAAAAGUAUGGAAUGGGGAAGUAUGUACUGCAAGAACAAGAUGCAUUUACGAUCAACGAAUCAACAGGCCAGAUAACAGCCACCAGAGCUCUCGAUGCAGAGACUCAAACUGUUUAUAAGCUGAAUGUGGAUGCAUUUGACAAAGGCGACCGGAGCACAUCUAUCCAAGUCACUGUUCAUGUUGUGGAUGUUAACGAUAAUACCCCAACAUUCAGAAGAGAUCGCUAUGACGGAAUCGUCCAAGAAAACACCCAAAAGUUUAUACGACCAGUCAAAGUAGAGGCAACAGAUGAUGAUGUUCUGUCACCCAACAAAGACUUUAGUUUUUCGUUUGUUCGAACUGGCCAUCAACUGGAGAACAACUUUACACUAGAUUCACAAUCAGGAAAUAUAAAACCGAAGCCAGGUUUGGAUUACGAAAGACUGCCACCAGAUAUAAAUGGAAUCAUCGAAUUACAAGUGAAGGUGGAAGAUCGGGGUAUACCACGUCAUCUGUGGACUAUGACUAACGUGUCCAUAACUGUUGAGGACCAGAACGACGAAUAUCCUGUGUUUAACAGUACUGUAUACAAUACAACCAUUAGUGAAGAUAGUUACCCAGGGACCGAUGUGACUACUGUUACAGCAACGGAUGGAGAUGGAACCCGACAGAACAGUGAGGUGUUCUAUGAGCUGUCUGGACCAGGUUCCGACAAGUUUAGAAUCAACAGUCAAACAGGAUCGAUCCAAGUGGCAGGAGAGCUAGAUCGUGAACGAAAUUCCUCGUAUUCCCUGACUGUGCUGGCCACUGACAGGGGAACACCACCUCACAAUGGUUCGGCGACAGUUCAUGUUACAGUCACUGAUGUCAAUGAUGAAGCCCCGAAGUUUACCCACGAUUCUGAUAGCAUUGAUAAUGUUUUCGAUAUUAAUUCUGUAAAUGGACGCAUCUCCAUCAAGGGAAUUUUGGACCGUGAACUGGUUGAGACUGUGACAUUAACUGUCAAAGUUCAAGAUAUGAAUGGUAUCUCAUUACAGACUGCAUUAGCUACUCUUGUCAUCCAUGUUCUUGAUGUCAAUGACAAUGCCCCAGUUUUCAACCAAAAUACAACAUACAAUGCCAAGAUCAGAGAAAAUUCACGUGGGAUACCCAUUUCAUUUACAAACGUACAUGCAAUGAUUAUCUCAGAUUCAGAUCAGGAUGUGCAUGCUCACUUCAACAUAUCCAUCAACUCUACGUUAUUUGAACCAGCUCCAAAUCAGGGACAGACUCAAACCGCUGUUCAGAUACGAGUCACUGAUUCAGCUUACUUGGAUUAUGAGACGACAAAGAGUUAUGUGCUGAUGGUAACUGCAUCUGAUGGAACACACAGUAAUCAUGUGUCUGUCGUGGUUACCAUCAUCGAUGUCAAUGACAACAACCCCGAGUUUAACAGAACACAGUAUAUCGCUACUGUGUUUGAAAAUACAACAACAUUCAUAAACCAACCACUUAUUCAGGCGGUGGACAUAGAUGAUGACUUUAAGAGCAUUGUGUCCUAUUCAUUGCAGGGGUUUCCGAAAGUGUUUUCAAUUGACAACAAAACUGGUGCCAUUACAAUAAAGGAAGCUCACCUAUUAGAUCGGGAGAGUAGAAGCUCCUACACACUCACUGUGACUGCCUCGGAUGGGGAACGACAAGUGUCUGUACCUCUAAUUAUAACAGUACUUGACAAAAAUGACCAAACUCCAAGAUUCAAUGCAGAUCAGUACGAUGGAACAGUUGAAGAGGGGUCUAUAAAUUUUAUUAGACCUGUUAAAGUUCAGGCUAGCGAUAACGAUGAGCGUGGAAAAAAUAACUCUAAAAUAGUUUACAGUAUAAUACGUGGCAUUAAUAACUUCGCCAUCAAUGCCACUGGUGGAGAAAUAAGCAUCAAACAUCCACUGGAUUAUGAAGCACUGGAUGUGUCUCUUAAAGGAACUGUCAAAUUAACGGUUGAAGCAAAGGACCUAGGAUCUCCACCAUUGUCUUCGACUGUGCAAGUUACAAUUUCUGUAGUGGAUAAAAAUGAAUUUGCACCUGAGUUUCAGAGUACACCAUAUGUUACAAAUACUACAGAAAACAGUCAUGUUGGUUCCCUUGUAUUCACUGUAUCUGCAAAAGACAAAGAUGGUAGCAAACCAAACAACGAAGUCAUGUAUACUCUGGAAUCUGUUGGCCUGGACAAGUUUGUCAUUAACAGCACAUCAGGGCAGAUUCAUUUAAGGAAUACAAUAGACCGAGAAAGUGAUAAAAAGCAGUACAAUCUCACAGUGGUAGCUACUGACCGUGGUAGAGUGUCACGAAGUAGCACAACGAAUAAUAUGUUUGAUAUAAACAGAAGCACAGGUGAUAUCAAAAUUAUUGGAAAGCUAGACCGAGAAACGGUUGAGGUUGUUCAGCUAUAUAUCCAUGUCUGGGAUCAACAUGAAAAGAUCAACACACCACAGACUGCAACUGGUUAG